AUGCGAGAGGACGAACUGCGCGCGGCGAUCGACGAAGCGAGAGAGAUCCUCGCCGAGGCCGCGCGAAUGGCGAACGAACAGGCGCGCGCGGAGCUCGCGCGAACGUUCGACGCGGGCGACGGACGCGGCGCGGCGUUCGAGUGCGUGCGGGUGGAGGAGUUUUUGAAGGGGAAGGGCGCGCGAACGCUCGACGCGGAGCGCGCGGCGAGGGAGCUGUACAUCGGGGACGCGUACUUUCAAGACGUCGAAAAGUUGAUGGUGCAGUUCGAUCGGUUGGAGCGCGCGCUGGGAGGGGUGCCGGGAAUGAACGUGGGCGCGCUCGUGGGGCGGUGCACGGAGGUGGCGACGUGCGACAUCGCGAGGGCGACGGCGAACUUGUUGACGCUGCGAGGGGCGUUUAAGGUGGGAAAGAUUAGCGCCAUGGUGAUGGAUUGUCCGAAACUGUUGAUGUGUGACGAUUUGGAAGAUCGCAUACGGCGCACGCAAGCGUGCAUCACGCGGAUUUGGGCUUCGGAGAGCGACGAGGAUACGAUUUACGCGAUCUCAGAGGAACCAAAUUUGCUCUUCACGCUGUGCGAUUUGCCGAUCUUCGCGGAAGAUAUCUCGGUCGAUAUUUCAGAGCUUCCGAUGUCGGUGCAAGGUGCGUGUGUUGUCGUCGCGCGCGCGCGCGUUCGUCGUCGAACGGCGUUUGUUUCUAACCAUUCUUCGCGUGUAGAGGCGCUCGUUUUCGCGACUCGAAGGUUCAAAGCUUAA